AGUUGUCGGUAGACGUGUACAGAAUGGAGUCCCAGCGGUAAGCGAUGAUAAAACUGUAUAUAAUACACCAACUACAUCAAUUGGAACAUAGCCACCAUCAUUUCAUCAUUCCAGACGUUCUGAUUCUCCUAUAGAAGAAAUAUUAACUGAGGAUUACAAGAAAUUUAUGGUUAAAAGUAUGGUGACCUUAUUAAGAAGAACUAAAAAUAUAGGAGAUCGAACUUCCUCUUUGAAAAUUAUUGGUGGAAACACAUUAAUGUCAGCUACGAAUGCAAUUCUUAGCAAAUUAAUUGAAGAUGUACUUGCCAUAAAAUAUAGUUGGCAAGGAAAAAAAGGGGAAAAAGCUUUUAAUAAACUGUUGACAUCAAAAUUAAUUAUAAAAACUGUACACGUAAUGUGUCUAACACAAUGCACUGAUAAGCAAAUAGCAGAAGCUGCCUCAAUAUGGUUUGCUCAAGCUACACCACGCUUCAAACGUACAGAAGAUAGGAGACAACGAAACAACCAAGAGGCAACGAAUGCAGAAAACAAUCCAGUAGCACACCCUUACGAUGACGAUGAAGACAUGCUCUAA